AUGGAGAUACAAUUCAUAAUAUUACUCUUCUCAUGUGCUCUACUUGUUCACCUAUCAGAUUCUAAAGCAGUAGACAACAUUUAUGCAAAUCAGGCUAUCAAAGAUGAUGGCAACACACUUAUUUCACCUGGCGGGAUGUUCGAGUUAGGAUUUUUUAGUCCUGGAAAAUCCAAGAAUCGGUACGUGGGGAUAUGGUACAAGAAUAUAUCAGUGUGUACUCCCGUGUGGGUUGCAAACAGGGAGACGCCGGUUGCCAAUAAAACGGGCAUCUUCAUGCUCACUCAUGAAGGAAAUCUAGUUAUAUUGCCAGAUGGUGGAAAUACUAAAAUCUGGUCAUCCAAUUCGACGUCUUUGACUAUGAUCAAUCCAAUUGCACGGAUUCUUGACACCGGAAAUCUUGUUCUUUGGGAUUAUGAUAGUACCAAUAAUCAAAACCUGAUUUGGCAGAGUUUUGAUAAUACUGGUGACACAUUUCUACCAGGAAUGAAAUUUGGAAAGGAUUUAAGAACAGGCUUAGAGAGGCGUAUGACAUCUUGGAAGAGUCCUGAUGAUCCUUCCCAGGGUGAAUAUGUACAUUGGGUAGACACAAAUGGAUAUCCACAAUUGUUUGGGAGCAAAGGUAAUGUUUUGCAAUCAAGAAUUGGACCAUGGAAUGGUCUUGGAUUUAGCGGGCUUCCUAGUGACACGCCAAAUCCAAUUUACGCAAUGGAGUUUGUUGUUAAUGAGGAAGAAAUAUAUCAUACAUAUGAACUCAAAUCUUCAGUUAUUCAACGCAUACAUUUGACAUGGGACGGAAAGAUAUUGCAAAUGCAUUGGAUAGAACGAUUACAAGACUGGGUUGUAUAUGUAGAUAUUGGAGUAGACAGUUAUAAUAGUUAUGCAGUAUGCGGGCCUUUUGGAAGCCAUAACAUCAAUAGGCGUCCCCUUUGCAGUUGUUUGAAAGGUUUUGAACCAAAACUUCCAAAUGAAUGGAAAGCAUCAGAUUGGUCAAGCGGAUGUCAACGAAAAAGGCCUUUAGAUUGCUCAAGUGGAGAUGGCUUCCGGAAAAUAUCAGGAGUGAAACUUCCAGACACACGACAUUCAUGGUACAAUGUGAGCAUGACCUUAGGUGAAUGCGAGAUGGCUUGCAGAAGGAAUUGCAGUUGUACAGCUUAUGCAAACUUAGACAUUAGGGGAAGUGGGUGUUUGUUGUGGUUUGAUGAGCUUAUGGAUAUCAGAGAAUAUGAUGUAAACCACAAUCUUUACAUAAGAAUGGCUGCCUCUGAAUUAGCAGGAAAUAGCUACAACACGAAGAAAGGAGUGCUCUUAAUUACCUCAGCUGGGGUAUUACUGUUGUUCGCAGUCGUCGCUUAUGCUUGUAAGAAGAAAGGACCUUAUAUGAAAGGAAGAGGAAUCUGGGAUGCUCGUAAUAAAAAGAAUAACAGUGUUCAGAUAGAAGAUACUGAUGACCUGCCCUUUUUCAGCCUGUAUGAAAUAGCCAAGGCUACUGAAAACUUCAGUAUCAAUAACAAAAUUGGAGAAGGUGGCUUUGGUCUUGUUUACAAGGGUGUGUUGGUAGACGGGCGAGAGGUAGCUGUGAAAAGGCUCUCCGAAUCAUCCAAGCAAGGACUUGAUGAAUUCAAGAAUGAGAUCAUGUGUAUUGCCAAACUUCAGCACCGAAACCUUGUAAAGAUUCUCGGAUAUUGCAUUCACGGAAAUGAAAUGAUUUUGGUUUAUGAAUACAUGGCUAACAAAAGCUUGGACUCAUUUCUAUUUGAUGAAACCAGAAGUUCAAUGCUUGACUGGCCUUGCCGUUUUCAGAUUAUCCAUGGGAUGGCUCGAGCUAUUCUAUAUCUACAUCAAGAUUCCUGCCUCCAAAUCAUCCAUAGAGAUCUCAAGGCAGGCAAUGUUCUGUUGGAUGCUGACAUGAACCCAAAAAUCUCAGACUUUGGCCUUGCCAGAAAGUUUGUCGGAUCUGAUACUCUCACCAAAACAAAGAACGUGGUGGGAACAUAUGGUUACAUUUCUCCAGAGUACGCAGUACACGGGAAGUUUUCCACAAAGUCAGAUGUAUUUAGCUUUGGUGUUUUGGUGUUGGAGAUAGUGAGCGGUAAAAAAAACACAGGAUUUUCUCAUGAAGAUCACAGUGACAACCUUCUUGGACAUGCAUGGAGACUCUACAAAGAGAAUAGAUCAAUUGAACUCAUGAGUGCGUCUUUACGUGACUCAUGCAUCAUAUCUGAAGUGCUGCGAUCAAUACAUGUUGGGCUAUUAUGUGUGCAACAUCAUCCAGAAGAUAGACCAACUAUGAUGUCAGUGAUCCUGAUGCUGAUCAGCGAGGGCAUGUUGCCUAAACCUAAACAACCUGCCUUUUUCACAGGAGAAAGUCGUGGGGAAGUUCAGUCUGUAUCAUCAGCUGAUGAAUACAUGAUAACGCAAUUGAUUGCUCGGUAAAAAGCACAUAUUAAUGACAAAAAAAAUUUGAAAUAUACCCGCAACAGUUUCUUAGUAAUAAUUCAUAUAUAGUUGAAGCAUGUGGCAUCUUUUUUUUUUCUCCUUAUAAUUCAAUCUUCUUCCUAUA